AUGUCCUAUCACGAAGUCAUACCCUUUCUUCCGGGAAAUACUUUCCGAGACGUGACGAAAUACGAUUACCGCAAGCCCCAUUCGCUCGACUAUGUCAAUGGAUAUGCAGUCCAAAGGGCUCCGCUCUUGGGCAUCGGCCUGACUCCUCUGGAAGAACGGCAGCUCCCAUCGCCAGAGGAGCUGAUGAGCACGAUGGGCACCGACCCCAAGAUCACCUACGGCUCGAAGCAGUACCACACCAAGAAGCUCGAGCCCCGCUUCGUGCCCGCCCACGUUGCUUUCGACAAAGUGGUCCUCCGUUUCGACGGAUACUUCAAACAGACUGUGCACGAGUCCGUCGAGCAGUUCCAUCUCCGCAAAGUGCGCAUCCACUACUUUGUCGAGGACGACUCCAUCUCUGUGGUGGAGCCUCCGGUCGAGAACUCGGGCAUCCCCCAAGGCGUGCUCAUCAAACGACAGCGCCUGCCCAAGAGCUCGACGGAGUACUACACCAUUCGCGAUUUCAAUCUGGGCAUCAACCUGACCUUCUAUGGCAAGACCUUUCGCAUCACGAACUGCGAUCAGUUCACCGAGAGAUACAUGCGUGAGACGGAGCAUAUCGAGCUCAACCCACCCGACAAGAUGCCCGAGGACCCGCACCAGUUCACUCGCAACCGGCCAAGGGGCAUGUCCCGUCACAAGGUCGAAAAGAUCGACAAGCUGCAAAGGUUCCUGGAAUACGACCGCAUGGUCCUGCGGUUCUUUUGUGUCUGGGACGACCGCGAGUCCAUGUUUGGCGAGCUAAGAGAGUUUGUGCUUCACUACUACCUUGUCGACGACUGUGUCGAAGUUCGAGAGGUCCGCAAGCCCAACAACGGCAGAGACCCCUUCCCCAUCCUGCUGAGGCGUCAGCAGCUGCCCAAAUCUUUCGACGAGCUAUCAAAUGCAACUGACUGCGCAAAGUAUACGUGGAAAGACUUUCGUAUCGGCGGCACCAUCAAUGUUCUGGGCCGCCGAUUCUUAAUACGCGACUGCGACGACUACACCAAAGAGUAUUAUGCAAAGAACCUCGGCAUCCCCAUGUACGAGAUGCGGGCCAUUCCCUUUGACGACGGCGAGCGCAGGCCCCAGGACGGAGAGAUUCCGCCUUACAACGGCUUUGGAUCGGUCGAGGACUCGCUGGGCUCGUGCAAGUACCUCGUGCUGAAGCCGCCAAAGAAGGACUUUAUCAAAAUGCUCGAGAACGAGCACAAGGUUCUCCGGUUCGUCGCUCGGCUGGACACCCGGAACAAGGAGGACAAGGGCCGGCUGUUUGUCAUAAGCUACCGCCUCGCCGACGACAUGAUGACCAUUUACGAGCCGCCUCAACGAAACGCCGGAAUCAUUGGCGGAAAGUUCAUGGAGCGCACCAGGGUGCUCAAGCCCGGAUCGUCGCUGUCGUCGCCCGAGGGGCCGAGCUACUACGAGGCAUCGGAUCUCUAUGUCGGCGCCGCAAUCGACGUCUUCCACCGCCGAUUCAUCUUGCUCGAUGCGGAUGAGUACGUCUUCAACUACAUGGAGAACUUUCCGCACCAGUUCCCAUUCUCGGACCCAAGGCAUGUCCUCAGCAAGGCCAAGGCAUUCAUCCGCGGCCGCGAAGGCAGCAUCCGCACGGCGCUGGAAGACCGCUGCCAGAAGAUUGACCUCGGGCACUUCAAGGUCGAGCGCAAGGCCCUGGUCGAUACCAUGAAGUGCAUCUGGGAGGGUGCCUUGACACAGCACGAGGCGAUCACGCUGGCUCGCCAGGUCGAGGACGAGAAUCGUCUGGUGGACUACCGCAAGCUCAUCGCUCUGUUCUAACACCGGUGGCUCUGCCUUAACAACUCGCUGCUCUGAUAAACUAGCCGCGGAGCACACUCUCUGUGCUGCAUCCCACCGGGAGAUUGAGACUCUAUCCGUGCUAUGCCUUCUGUUUCACGUCUCCGUUCCUAGGCUCUUGGGUGCAGCACCGUCGCUCGCCAAGGGCCGCACUGUCUCUGUUCCGUUCUUCCUCCUGUCCCGUCUCUGAUGAUAUAUUUGGGCUCGUUAAUACAGCUGCGGAUCGAGCCUUCGGUGCAGUUCCGUCCC